AUGCCCUCGUCCUCGUCGCUCUUCUCGUCCCUGACAGACGCUCGGUCAGCGGUCAGCAGCAGCAGCAGGCAGGGCGCGCGAAACGGUGUGUGUGUCUCCGACGCAGGGGUGUCGAGCCUGAAGGUGCCGUGGGGCGGGACCCGCGCGCUGGACUCGGCCAUCGAGCGGACAAGCGGUUACGGCCUCUGCUGGGCGCGUGCGAUCCGGGAGGUUCUCGCGGUAGCCGGCCGUCCGAUCCCGCUCCGCUACCUGGAGAAGCGCCGCCCCCGCCUCCGCCUCCCCCUCCGCGUGCCGACCUUCCUCCGCCGCUACCCCAACCUCUUCGAGCUCUACCCGGACCGCAUCCGGCCCUCCUCCCCCUCCCCGGCCGUCCCCUUCCUCCGCCCGUCCCCCUCCCUCCUCUCCUUCCUCGCCCUCCGCGACCGCCUCCUCUCCCUCCACGAGCCCCUCCUCCUCGCCAAGCUCGUCAAGCUCCUCAUGAUGUCCCGCCACCGCGCCCUCCCCGCCGACAAGCUCCUCUGCGUCAAGCGCGACUUCGGCUUCCCCGACGACCUCCUCACCUCCCUCGUCCCCGCCCACCCGGACCUCCUCCGCCUCUCCGGCCACCCCGGCCACGGCCCCUGCUUCGUCGAGCUCGUCGCCUGGGACCACUCCUACGCCCGCUCCGCCGUCGAGGCCCGCGCCGACGCCGAGUCCGAGCUCACCGGCGUCCGCAUGCGCCCCAACUUCGCCGUCCGCCUCCCCAGGGGCUUCUACCUCAAGAAGGAGAUGCGCGAGUGGGCGCGCGACUGGCUCGAGCUCCCCUACAUCUCCCCCUACGCCGACGCCUCCGCCCUCCACCCGGCCUCGCGCGAGAUGGAGAAGCGCGCCGUGGGGUUGCUCCACGAGCUGCUCUCCCUCACCCUCCACAAGCGCGCCGCGGUCCCCAUCCUCGGCAAGUUCUGCGACGAGUUCCGCCUCUCCAACGCCUUCGCCAGCGCCUUCACCCGCCACCCCGGCAUCUUCUACGUCUCGCUCAAGGGCGGGAUCAAGACGGCGAUGCUGCGCGAGGCCUACGACGAGCUCGGGGAGCUCGUCGACCGCGAUCCGCUGCUGGCGAUCAAGGAUAAGUUCGUGGAGAUGAUGGAGGAGGGGCACAGGGAUUACAUGGAGGCGAUGAAGAGGCGGAAGGAGGAGUUGGAGAGGGACUUGGAGCUGAUGGCUGCAAAGAACGCUGCUGAGACGGGCGACGGCGGUGAGACGUCGUAAUGCACACCACCUGUUUGUUCUUCUGUCUCACAAGGAGGAGGAAAAGAAGAAGGAGAGCUGUCAUUGUAUUUGUACAGAGGCGUGAGAGUGGGGAUUUGCUACGAGUUCGGAGCAAGCAGAUUUGCUUGAAUCGUCAGAUGGAUGGGGAUGUGAUUUGAAUUAUUCAUCAUUGAUUCUCUAACAGGAGUAGUAGAUCAAUGCCCGGAGUUUAUCUUUGUUGAGGCAUUCGAUUCAGAUGCAGACAGAACCUUUCUCUAUCAGUAACCACUAUUUGAGGGCUUUAGAAUGGGUUGGACUGUGAGAUUCAGAAUAUAGAAGGGGAAGGACUCUUUUGUUGUUGUUGUUGUUGUUGUUGCUGUUGCUGCUUUGUGCCUUAAGAAAAGUACAUGAAAGGAGCAAAAGUAUUAAAAUCUUGGACGAUGUAUUAAGUGUUUGUUUUGUAUGCGGACACCAAUUUUGGCUUGUUUGAGAAGGGUUGUUAACAAUUCAAAGCCAAUUUUGGCGUUCCAUCCGUUCGACAAGAUGGUAGACAUGGAUUGUUGUGGUUCUAAGUUGCUAUUCAAAUACGCAUCUCAGCUUUAAGCUGUUACCAUAUCUUUA